AUGAGCACUUCUGCGCACACUGAACGGACAGACAGCAAGCCUCACGGCCGCGACACUCUUUACGAGGAUGAACAGUGGUGGGCCUCACGGUACUUGUGGCUGCUGGAGCAUGGCUAUAUGCUCCGUCCUCGCUUUCGACCAAAUUGGAGCCCUUCUUGGAUAGGUACCAAGAAGGAUCCUCGGGAGUUCGAGGAUGGCCAGUUCUCACUUUUAUCUAAUCUCCUGGACGCCACUGCUCGCGACGGGACUUUUGUUAUGCUUAAACGGAUAGACCGCAAGCUUCAUCCCUACGAGGUUGAUAUUACAACGAAACUCUCCUCGCCAGAACUCCAGGCUGACCCUCGGAACCGUUCAAUCCCGGUGCUCGAGGUACUCGAUAUUGUGCCGGAAGAACCGGAUUCCGUCAUACUCGUGACGCCUUUGAUGAGUGCCAUCAAUCAGCCAGUAAUCGAGACGAUUGGAGAGUUCGUUGCCUUCUACACGCAGGUACUAGAGGGCCUACAGUUUCUGCACAGCCAUCACAUAGCCCAUCGAGACUUCUUCGGGACGAAUAUGGUCAUGGAUGCUACUCCUCUUUAUUCUGCGCCCUUUCAUCCCCUGGAUCCUAGCCGACGCCGUGACUGGUCCGGCAAGACCGAACAUUGCACCCGCACAGAGCGCCCAGUCAGGUACUACAUCAUUGACUACGGCAUCUCACGGCAAUUCGAAGGGAAUGAAGCCAAUCCUCUUGUUCCUACUAUUAUCGGGGCUGACAAGUCGGUCCCCGAGCACCAAGGAAUGCGCGGGUUUCAACCAUGUAACCCUUUUGCGACUGACAUCUAUACCGCGGGAAAUACCGUUAACGAGUUCUUUGCAUCGCGCGCACAGGGGUUUGACUUCAUGCAACCUCUGGUAUCUGAUAUGAUGCAGGAUGAUCCCAGCAAACGACCGACUAUCGACGAAGUCGUGCAACGGUUUGAAGAGCUGCGCUCCACAUUAAGCGUGGACAAACUGCGAUCCCGAGUUGUCGACCGAUUGACCAUGUACCCGUCCUUUUCAAGCACCCGAGUACGAUUGCGGAAACUCGUGUAUACCCUCACGAAGACGCCUCCAAUACCUGACCCCCAUCCCUGA